ACACCAUAAAUCACGACUACUUAUACCAAAAAGGGACAAAGUCCCAAAUGCUUCGUUCUUACAUUAAUAACCAAUUCAAUAAUAAUAAUAAUAAUAAUAAACAAAAUAAUACUGGGAAUCUGAAUCGGUUGGUUGCAGGUCAACACGUGCAUGUAACUUAGCCCACAUGGCGUUGGCGCCACAAGGAACAGAGCAACUGCUCAAUUUUACGUAUUUAAUAGGAUUGUACAACAUUGCGUAAGUAGAAGAUAACAACAGUCGUUAAUAAACUACCCCCGUUAGUAUUUUAUUGCAUUAAGAGUUUGAAGCUGGAGAGAUUCGCAUUAGCAUGGGUUAGCACAGACACACCACGUGUUCCUCCAGCGGAUCAAAUACUCAGCGAGUGCUACUUUUAAAACUGAUCAACAUCUCAAAGCACUGCGAUCGGUACCAGAACAUCGAUCCAAAACACUGACGAGAGGGUGGAGGAGUUUAUGGAAACAUACGUCAGAGAUAGUAAAUAUGAGGGUUCCUAUAAAGAGGACUGCUCUCUGACCACUGAUAGAAACAUAAACACCCGUCACAGAGGCCACCCGCAUGCUGUACAAAGAUGCGCAGAGCAGUUACAGGAUGUCUGAUGCUGGUGUAUGUUGUUGCUCUUCUGGCCGAGCAGGCAGAGGGACACAUCGCCUUCUUCAGCCCUAAAGAGAUGAGAGAGCUCAGGGAGAAGGAGGGAAGGAAGGAUGCUGAUCCAAGAGCGGAGGGGGUUUUGAUUGACGAGAUGUCUCCAGAUGAAGAUGGAGGAGAGACAGCGGGCCAGCCUGUGGAAAUAGGGCUGAAGCUGACUGCUAAAAAGGGCCAGAUCGGAUCUGCUUUCGGUAAGAUGCUGCAGAGCAUCGUAGAAGAGCCAGAGACCGUGAAAUAAGACUGGCAUUGUUAUCUGCAUUCAUUGACUACUAUUGCAGACUGACGAUUCAACAUUUGUUGCAAGCACACGUUUUGUCUAUGAAUGUAAUAAAAUUCAAAUAAAAUGAAGUUGCAUGC